AUGGCUAUAGAAAUAGAAUCAUCUGAGUUGAGGAGAAUUACUAACGAUUUUUCGGAUGCCCAGAAAGUUGGAAGUGGUGGCUAUGGAGACGUUUACAAGGCAGUCUACAAUGGGGAAGCCAUAGCAGUGAAGUUGCUUCAUGCGACCAAAGGCAUUGACGACAAACAAUUUAUUAAGGAACUCCGUAACCAUAUGAAGGUCCAACAUCCAAACAUUGUACGGCUAGUUGGGUAUUGCAAUGAAGAAACUAAGAAAUAUAUUGAGCUACCUGAUGGCACGUCUGUUUUUGGUAGACACAUAUACAAAGUGCUCUGCUUUGAAUAUAUGGUCGGUGGAAGCUUAGACAAGCGUCUGUCUGGAAUUUCUCUGGGAGAUGAAUGGUGCACACAUUACCAAAUAAUAAAGGGGACUUGUGAAGGUUUGUGUUAUCUUCACAAUGGAUGUGAAAGUCGGAUCCUCCACUUGGAUCUAAAGCCUGCCAAUGUGUUACUUGACAAGAGCAUGAAACCGAAAAUUGCGGAUUUUGGAUUGUCAAGGAUCUACACUGCAAGCCGUAGCCAUACCAAAGUUGAUUCAGUUUCAGGGACAACGAAAUACAUGGCGCCUGAAUUAAUACGUGGGAGCAUGAUGUCAGACAAGACUGAUGUCUACGGUUUAGGUGUUACAAUCAUAGAAGUAAUUAGGGGACCUGGUGGUUUUGAAAUUUAUCACGACUCAGGGGACACAAAUUUUGUUGAAGAUGUGUGUGCAUAUUGGAGGAAGAGGGAUAGCACAACAAAUUUAUAUCAAGUGGAGACAUGCACCAAAAUUGCAGUACGUUGUCUCAAUCAUGAUAGAAGGAAGAGACCCACAAUAAAGGAGAUUGUAGAAAACUUGAAUGGUAUAGAAACUCAGGGUUUGAGCAAGGAUCUCCAUGCCCUCACGGUGAAUUCUUGCCUCCCUAUUCCAGACAAGAUUUCCACUGCCAUUUCAGGAAGGGGGGCACUGGAUGUGGUGAUUGUGUAUGCCUUUGAUUGUACUGACUCAACCCCAGCCUGGUACACAGUGGAUAAUGGGAUCUUUUGGUUGGUGCAAGAGAAGCUAACCAACUUGCAUGAUAGUUGCAUGGGCUAUAUUUACGUCAUGUCAACGCCUAACACAUACACAUCGGAUAUGAAAGUAGUUGACUCAGCUGAGACAAAGCAAACUGGCUACACGGGAUUCGCUUGGCGCAGGAUGACCUGCAGUAAAAAUAUGGCAUCAGGCCUUGCUGAGGCGCAUAAAAUGAUCAGCAAUCGUGGCCACCACAACGGCAUCAUCUUGUUCUUCUCUGAUGGGUUAAUAAACAAUGGGGACUUUUUUGAUGGAACAGAGAACUUUGUCUCCAAAGUUCCUGUCCACACAUUUACCCUGGGCGGGGACGCAUAUAACCAUGUCCUCCACUCCAUUGCGACCAAUUCUCCAGGUGGGAAGUUUCACAGCAACACCGUUCCAGAAAGGCCAAAUCUAUCAACACCCUUCUCAAAACUACUGGAUAGCCUCCUUGGCACUACCCCGAAGGAUGAUGAGAUGCCUCUUAGUUCCAUUUCAGGAAGGAAGCCACUGGAUGUGGUGAUUGUGUACGCCUUUGAUUGCACAGACUCAACCCCAGCCUGGUACACGGUGGAUAAUGGGAUCUUUUGGUUGGUGCAAGAGAAGCUAGCCAACUUGCCUCACAGUUGCAUGGGUUAUAUUUACGUCAUGUCAACCGCUAACACCUACACGUCAGACAUGAAAGUAGUUGACUCAGCUGAGACAAAGGAAACUGGUUACACGGGAUUCGCUUGGCGUAGGAUUGCUUGCAAUAAACAUAUGGCAUCAGGCCUUAUUGAGGCACAUAAAAUGAUUAAUAAUCGUGGUCACCACAAUGGCAUCAUCUUGUUCUUCUCUGAUGGGUUGAUAAACAAGGGAGAUUUCUUUGAUGGAACCGAGGAUUUUGUUUCCAGAGUGCCUGUCCACACAUUUACCCUCGGCGGGGACGAAUAUAACCAUGUUCUCCACUCAAUUGCGGCCAAUUCUCCGGGUGGAAUGUUUCACACUAGCCCCGUUCCAGAAAGGCCAAACCUAUCAACAGCCUUCUCGAAACUACUGGAUAGCCUCCUUAGCGGCACGAUGGAGGACAAAAAUUAUCAAUAG